GAUCAGAGAAAAGAAUACAAAGCAUUGGCAAAAGCGCCUACGCGAGUAAGCUACCGCAAGAGUUCAGAGGAAGAUGUGGGUUUUAUCCGGCGCCAUCCCUUCUUUUCCUGCAUACUCUCGUACAGCUUCAAUGUCGAAAUUCAGGGUCCGUUCAAGCUCUGGAGUUUCGGUUCACCACCAUGAACAUAUUUUUGUCCCAGAGGUGGUGAAAGCAGUGGACUCCCUGUAUUCAGAAUUCAGAACAGUGGAUAACUUGGUAGCAGCCAAUAACUCCCGUGUUCUUAAAGCUUUUCAGAAUGCAAGGGUUGGAUCUCAUCAUUUUGCUGGGUGCACUGGCUAUGGUCAUGAUGAAGCUGGAGGACGGGAAGCACUUGACCAAGCCUUUGCAGAAAUCUUUGGAGCUGAAUCUGCAAUUGUCCGCUCUCAGUUUUUCUCAGGUACCCAUGCUAUCACUUGUGCGUUGUUUGCGCUCCUAAGACCAGGUGAUGAGCUUUUGGCAGUUGCUGGUGCUCCCUAUGACACUUUAGAAGAAGUUAUUGGAAAGAGAGACUCUAACGGUCAAGGUUCACUGAAAGAUUUUGGAGUGGAGUACAGAGAAAUUCCUCUGGCUGAAGAUGGACGACUUGACUGGAAUUCACUUAGUAGUGCUUUGAAACCUCAUACAAAAUGUGCUCUCAUACAGAGGUCAUGUGGUUAUUCAUGGCGGCAAAGUUUAAGUGUAAAUGAGAUAGGAAGGGCAAUAAUGAUGAUCAAGAAGCAAAAUCCAAAUUGCUUGGUCAUGGUGGAUAAUUGCUAUGGUGAAUUUGUGGAAAACAUUGAACCUCCAAUGGUGGGUGCAGAUUUGAUUGCAGGCAGUUUGAUAAAAAACCCUGGCGGAACAAUUGCACCUUGUGGGGGAUAUGUUGCAGGAAGGAAAAAGUGGGUGGAAGCAGCUGCAGCCCGUCUCUCUGCACCAGGACUUGGGCUUGAUUGUGGUUCAACCCCAGGUGACAUUAUGCGAGCUCUUUUUCAAGGAUUAUUCCUUUCAUCUCAAAUGGUUGGUGAGGCAAUAAAGGGAACCCUACUCAUAGCUGAAGUCAUGGCAUCUAGAGGAUACAAGGUGCAGCCACUUCCUCGUGUCCCUCGUCAUGAUACAGUACAGGCUGUACAACUGGGAAGCCGUGAGCUUCUCCUUGCUUUCUGUGAGGCUGUACAGAGGAGCUCCCCUGUUGGUUCAUUCACUAAACCAGUUGCAGGUGCGACUGCUGGAUAUGCGUCAGAGAUGGCAUAUAUAAAGAUCCAUGAAUCUCUCCCUCAUAAAAGAAAGAAGAAUGAUCCUUGAAUAUAAAAAAUCCAGAUUUGUUUCCUGUUCCAAGAACUUUUCCUGAUCUUUUGGUCAAAGCAUUGAUUAAGAUGGUGGCAGCAUCGAAAAGUUUAUGUUGGACUGUGUUGGAGUUAUAGUAAUUCUCAAAAUGGGGAAUUUACUCUUUUCUUUUAUGAGCACGCGGUUCCUUUCUGUUGUAUUUCUCUACAGGUGAUCUUUGCGGAUGGAACCUUCAUUGAUGGGAGUACAAGUGAGCUCUCAUGUGAUGGACCUCUAAGAGAACCUUUUGCCGUGUUCUGUCAGGGUGGCACCCACUGGACUCAGUGGGGAUUAGUUCUUGGUGAAGUCCUGAAAUCAGU